AUGAGGCUUUUCUCAGAAUUUGUUGGAGAUGGUACAGUAUAUCAAGGAGACAAGAAAGUGGAACCACGAGAUCAUGUGUUACAAUCACUUGUAAGUGAUCUGAUUAAUGCAUUUGACCUUGAUGAUCCAACUGAACAUGGGGUUUUCCAAGGUGUACAAGCACUAAAGGCUGAUGGGUUUUAUAAAUUAGCCACAUUCCAUACAAAAGGAAUAAAACACCUUGAUGAUUUGCUUUCUCAGUAUGUCAAUAAAACUGAGAAAGAAGUUACUGAAGGCAGGCUUCAUAAAGAUCUUCCAUACAUGAAGGUCAGUGAAUACAAAAGUCUGUCAAAGAUAAGCAGUAGUAGUGGAGCAAGAGUCACUGGCAGUAUUGGUGGAAAUAACUCAACAGAUGAUAAUGACCAAAUUUCUCAAGCUAAUAUUGAGAGUUCAACAGAUUUAACAUCUCACUCUCAGAUUGGGACACUAGAAAUAA